ACGGGAAAGCACGAGAACUGGUUGCGGUACUUACAGAGCACUAGCCAGGGACUUACUAUUGCUGCGCACCGACGUUUCGCGGAUAUCAAACUUGGAUUGCACAACCUGAUCAUCUACGUCGCAUUCAGACGGCUGCACUUCGGAAUUUAUCCUUAAACUUGUGGAUUAUAUGUCAAUAUGACUCUGGAAGACCUCGUCGGAUGCAACACUACUGAGAAAAAGAUGGAUAACGCGAGCCAAGCUUUAGAGGAGCUCUUCGAGGCCGCACAACGGCAGGACUGCCUCACCGUGGGAGUCUACGAAUCUGCGAAACUUAUGAAUGUCGAUCCGGACAGCGUGGUGCUGUGCGUUCUGGCGGCGGAUGAGGAAGACGAGGACGACAUAGCGCUUCAGAUCCACUUCACUCUGAUCCAAGCGUUCUGCUGCGACAUCGACAUUAACAUCCUGCGCGUGUCCGGCAUGAGGAGGCUGGCGCAAGUCCUGGGCGAACCGGACACAGUGGACAACAACGGAAACGAACCGAAAGACUUGCAUUGCAUUCUCGUUACGAAUCCUCAUGUUGACGAUCUGAAGUGCCCGGCGCUAAAGGAGGUUGGGAGAUUCUGCAAGGAGAGUCGCUGCAAGAACGAGUGGAUACCGUCGCUCGCCCUGCAUGAGCGCUGAACAGACACUACCAGACGAAGUGGAACCAGACCAGCGAAAGCGCCGGAAUUUUAAAUGGUCGUUCUUAACUGAGUUAAGAAAGACGCCCAGCGCCGCGUACGGAAAGAUACGACGACGGGUCCUGUAGAAUAUCCCACUUGGAUGGAGCUGGGAUAAGGGAGGGGAUGGCGAAACAGUCCGAAGGGACAGCGUAUCUGUCCUACUUUCCCGUGAAUCCGGAAGAGCGCAUUUGUGCCAAGUGACAGUUAACUGGACUGACGCGCGAGCUGUUUGAGCGUGGCAGCUGCGCGCCCAGCGCGAGGGCGCGCGCGGGCAGCGUUGAGAACACAGUGGGUGGACCGCGGCGAUUUCGUUAUUGUCACGGACUGGAGUUGGCGGCGACGUGAGGGUAUGGGCGGCUGCACAGAUAGACAUGAUGAUGUCAAAUAAUGGACAAAGAAAAUGACUGUUGCACACUGUCAUUUAAUUUUACUUGCAAUACCAGCUGAUGUUUUUGAUUAAAAACAGGCAUGUGUUGUUUUCCCCACACUGUGAUAAUGUAUGCACGCCUGUCACAAGUUUAAUGUGAAACAGGGAUCAUGCACAUGCUAUAUGUGUUUUUUAAAUUAUCCUUCAUUGUUUUACUCUGGUAAAACUGAGAGUAAUAUAUUGUUUAUUUAUCAACUGUCUGGAAUGUUCAUGGUCAGAAUUCUGAAUAAAUUAUUGCACAUUA